UAUCAUUAUCACACACAAAAUAUUGCUUUUUAUUUGUACUUUGUCUGUAGAGUGUCAGUAUAAUGCCGACUGUGAAAGUGAUAAUCAUUGGUUGUGGAAUUGCUGGUCCUGUGAUAGCUCUGCUACUAAAGAGGAAGGGAUAUGAACCAGUCAUUCUGGAAAAGGUCAAAGAAUUGGGCGAUGCUGGUGCUUCUUUGAUGAUGUGUCCGAAUGGGCUGAAAGUUCUGUCUCUGCUUGAAAUCGGUAGAUGUAUAACCGAAUCCGCUACACACCUUGAAGUGUUGUGUGAAAGCAAUUUCGGUGGAGAUGUGCUUGGGGUAUCGGAUCUUCCGUCAAAAUAUCCACAGAAAUAUGGCCAACCAGCAUUUGGAGUAAAGAGAACAACUCUUAAUCUUGCACUAAAAGAUGCCUUAAAAGCGGAUAACAUUAAGGUGCACGAAGGUUGGAAGCUGAAGGACAUUAUGGAAAACGAGGAUAGCGUCACAGCCGUUUCAGAGACCGGCGAAAAAGUUGUGGGAUCAUUUCUCAUUGGAUGUGACGGAAUUAAAGCAAUUUCUCGAUUGGUGAUUUUGAAGAAGCAUGGUGCUGAAGAAGAAGAAGCAUCUUAUACGGGAUUAACGCAGACAGCUGGAAUGUCUCCAACACCAUUGUCAGUAAAUUCACCACGGACCAUGCUAAAUAUCUACGGUCCGGGAGCGCAUUUUAUCUGCUACCCUGUUUCGCCAACAACGACUUCAUGGGCGAUAACUCAGCGAAAUCGCAACGCCAGUCACGAAACUUGGAAAUUAUUUUCUCCUUCAGAGUUAAACGCUAAUCGUUCCCAACUACUAGACACAUUCAAAGACUGGUGCUCACCUGUACCGGAACUUAUUGGGCAAGCUGACCGGAUUAUCAAAUACGGAUUAUACGACCGACCACAAUUAGAAUCGUAUCAAUGGUAUUCAAUAGGCGGAAGAUGUGUGCUGGUUGGUGACGCCGCUCAUCCGACAAGUCCACACUUGGGACAGGGUGCAAAUCAGGCUCUGGAAGAUUGCUAUCAUUUAAGUCGGGUAUUGCCAGAUGUAGCUGAUGGUGACAGAAUGAGCACAGACGUUUUGCGAAAGGCCUUUGAGACCUUUGCAAGAAGUAGGCAGCCUCGAACAGCAGCAUUAGUAAAAGGUGCUAGAGCUCAGGGAGAGUUGCGGGUAUGUGACGGAGACGUAGAUGCUUGCACUGAACGCGAUAGUGUUAUUAGGAACCGGUGGAAGAAUGUUGUCGCCGUUGAAGCCAAUUUUGACAGUUUAUACAAAGAACCAUUCUGAUUACUAGAUAAUUGCUAGAAAAUGGAUAUAUGCAGCAAUUUCUAAUGUGGAUUCUUGAAAAUGGCAAUUUAACUAUCAACUCCUCAAGUUCAAGAUUUGUAACGACACAAUGAAAUAAAUAUUUUCAUUAA